CUUGUGCCUAUGGGUUGGCGUUGCUUCAUUCGUGUCAGCGACUCCUGACCUUGGAGAGGUUCUACUGACUACCAGUCUCUCAUAUAAGAACCAUACAAAGCAAAGUUGGUUCAGUCAGAAGAAUAGGGCUUGACGAUUCUUCAAUGAAAUAACGAUCAACAUGAUUGGAAAUUGUGCAAUAAGGCAGUUAAACUGCCGCACACCAAACAUGAACGAUACCUGAAAUGGUACUCAGGCCGAAAGAAGAAUGCGCAAAGCGAUAAAUGAGCUAAUACAAAAAAUUGAUUUACCUGACAUCGUCCAAUUUUUGAGCGGAAAACUUGUCUUAAGCGCUGCUUUGAUUUCAUGGAUCAAGUAUCGUCUAAAGUGAUACACGAUGUUAGUGGUCAGAAGAAACUUAUUAGCUUCAGUCCAAUCCAGGGCCGAAUCACAACUCAAACAGUCCGGGAUGAAGAAGAAUAUAUGGAGCACCUGGGAAAAAUAAUACAACGGGAUUUUUUCCCUAGCCUUACCGCGAACGAAGAAAAGGGAGCUGAUGAUGAAUCCAGUGAGCUUAAAGAUAGAGGUGCCCUUCGCACCGAUUCUCAUAACCCUGAAAAGAGUGAUCCAACUGCUAUGUCUUUGGAUAAAUACAUGGCUAAUAAUACCACGGAAGAUGAUGCAUCCUUCGCCGAACUAGUUGAAGAAAACGAAAAAAAGCAGAGAAUUAAACUGGCUCCUUUUUUCCCCUCUCUCCAGUGUUCUGCACCUGCACCUUUGGACGAUCCAAAAACCUUGGCUCUCCCUGGUGUUUCAAAUGCUGUUGUUGGACCUAGGAUCACAAUUACUGGGAACAAUGCUGUUCAUUUUAAUCCUGAUGGUGUAUCUCAAACCAGGGAGGAAUUGCUGGAAUUUUUGUCAAAGGAACGCAAAAUCGUAACAACUAAUACUCGCUUCAAGAGACCUUUUCCAGUAAAUCUGGAAAAAAAACGUACAAUGAAACAUUUACUUGCAGCAAAGCUGGGUCGUGUCGGUCUUAAUGGUUUAGAAAUGAACUCACCAUACGGAACUCCUCAGGCUUCUGGGUAUAAAUUUCUUGAUUCUUCCCCUUCACCAAUGACAAUGUUUCCUCACACACCUUUAAUGACUUGGGGUGAAUUGGAUUCGACACCGUUCCGACUAGAUGACAGCGAAACGACACCAUCAGUUGUAUCUGGUGGUCCAGCCUUUCGUAUUCCAUCUCCUUCUCAACGUGAACAGCUUGCCCACCAAUUAGCAGAUAAAGCAAGUCGUCAACGUGUGCGUGAUCGUUUGGAAGCAGUUAAAAGAAUGCAGUCAGCAGCAUCAAGUCCAUCACGGUCGCUACUCUCUCCUGCUGCUCUUCGUUUACUCGCUUCUAGCUCAUCGAUUAUAAAUAACGAACCAAACAGCCGACCUUCAACUGGCACUGCUCGUAUUGGUGGGCAGACAUGUUCUCCUCUUCCUAAAGUCAAUACUCCUCGGCGUGUUCCAUCUGAUUUGGGUGUUGUUAGACGUCCGAAUUCAGCACGUUCUACUCCUAAUUGCGAAUCGGUGAAACCGAACACUACUCAUAAGAAAAUUCCUCUAGAACGUGGUGAUAUCCAGGUUGAUAAACCGGAAUCUUCUUCAUCAAUUACAGAUAACUUACUGAAUUUAAAAUGUCAAAAUUUGUGAUUCUUUGUAUUUAUCAAAUCAGGAAAAUUUCAUGUAGAUAUGCCUCCAUUACUAUACUCAGACCCAUACUAUUUUGUACAGUAAAUGAGUACAGUUUUUCUCUCUGUGAUUUGCUUCUCAAUUAAAUUUCUUGUUAAUUGAGUCAUUUUUGUUAAGUUUUACACUGUUCAAUACUAAUUCAUACAGACAUUAAGUCAUGUAUUGAACGUGAAGUUAAUUUUUUGUAUUCCUUAAAUGAUGACUAAAGCACGAGUAGUAUCAAUAUCUAAGUAGUUUAUUAUACAUCAUUUGUUGUCAAAGCAAACGAUAUAUCAAAAUUAUCAUUACAAUAUCUUGCUUUUCGAGAAAAAGAAAUCAGUUUGUUCGUAAAGUCGGUUGAUAAACCGUCUUGAACUGGCUCGGUUUAAUCCGGAUUUUGAGAAUCUUAUCAGCUUACAUUUAGUUUUGUACCAGAAUAUCAUAAACUGCUGGCUUACACUUUUUGUGCGUAUGUAGCUUUGUUUCGAGCUCAGUAGUUAAGGGGGUGAGGUUCUGUGCACAUUUUGGAAACAAUAUUUUAAAUACUUAUUUCGUAAUAAUACCCUGGUACGGUUGAGAGUGAAGAGAAUAAGCUCUCCUUCUCUCUCUCCCCCUCCCCCAUGUGCAUACAACCGCCAUCAAGGAAGUCCUAUUCACAACCUUCUUGAGUCGGGGCUGUUGUUUACGAAACUGAGGGGACGAAAAGCGAACGUCUGGCGUUUUAACCGGGUUAAUGGGCACGGCGUAUCCACCAAGAGGAAUUGGGAAUCCCUGAUUCCAAACCAAUGGUUCAGAUGGGCUCUAGGAUCCUGAGUGAACAAAUGGCAUAUGAAUCUGUUGUUGGUCACCGGCUACAAUGGGACUGCAUCUUCUGACGUUGCUCCACUGCCUUGUGGAUCAGACCUUUAGGUCAAAGGCUCAGGGAGUGGUUUCCUAAAGAAACUACCUGCUUCGAUCUGGGCACCCGGCCAGUAUUCAAGCCCUCACAUAAAUGGAAUGAUGAAGUGUGACGCAUAUGUAUUCUGUGCCUCAAUCAUUCACAAACUGUUUAAUUUCUAACAAGGAUGUCUAUUGAUGCAAUUUGUCACACUUCACAAAAGGAUGCACAAUACGUCCUGACUAGCAAUGUUUAUGAGGAUUCAUAGCCUCAUCAAUCAUAAUUUAUACCUAAAAACACAUACAUACCUUCAAUAUUGGAUACUUUGUCGUUCCAUCAUAAGCGAUCAGUGCUUCGCUAAACGUCUCACUUAUAAGUACUGGUUUUUUUCAGGCUCUUUACAACUCAUUGAAGCCCGUCGGUCUACUCCGGGUGACCGUGAGUUUGACCAUAAACGAAGGAUGUUACAAAAGGAAAUUGGGCAAAGCUUGCGUAAAGACCGAGAGACCUGGUGGUCAGAGCGUGGUAAUGAGCUGGAAGCAGCAGCUGCAUCUGGUAAUUACCGGAAGCUCUUCCAACUCAUCCGAGCCACCGGCAGCAAGAAGUCUGGUGUGAGCGAAACAACCUGCGAGGAUGACGGAAUGCUAAUCAUUAACAUCCAUCGACGUCUCGGACGAUGGGCAGAAUUUUUCGAAGGGCAGUUCAACUGGCCUGCUGCUCCGGCGACAUCGGUCAGACUGUCCUGCCCUCCAUGGCCGGUGACGACUGAUCCACCAAGUGAGGCGGAAGUCCGCAAGGAACUCCAACUCUUGAAGCGCUACAAAUCACUGAGCCCAGAUGACUUACCUCCGGCUCUUUUUAAAGAUGGUGGUGACUUUCUGACUAAGGAAUUGACGACGUUGUUUACAAAGGUUUGGGAACUAGAGAGUGUACCAACGUCAUGGAAUGAGUUGAUAGUUGUCCCUAUCUUUAAAAAGGGUUCACGUCGUUCCUGUAACAACUAUCGGGGGAUAAGUCUACUUCCGAUUGCGUCCAAGCUAUUGGCUUCCGUGAUACUUCGUAGGUUGUUCGAAACCCGAGAAAGAUUGACUCGCGAGGAGCAGGCUGGGUUUCGUUCUGGUCGAGGAUGUAUUGAUCAUAUCUUCACCCUCCGCCAAAUGUUAGAACACCGCCAUACUUAUCACAGGCCAUUAAUCGUAGUGUUUCUUGACAUCAGGGCUGCCUUCGUUUCGUUGGACAGGAUUGUUCUGUGGGAUUGUCUAUUGAAGAAGCGUGUGCCUGAGAAGUUCAUUAACAUCCUAAAGGCCCUAUAUACAAACACUUCAGGUUAAGUGACGGCGGACAACCACCUUUCUCCAUUGUUCCAUUCGAGCAGUGGGGUUAGGCAAGGUUGCUCAAUUUCACCAUUCCUCUUCAACUUUGCCAUCGACGACAUUCUGGAAACAGCUCUGAUGGAUGUAAGUAAUGGUGGUGUGGAUCUGUUGCCUGGAGAAAGACUUCUCGACCUUGAGUAUGCGGAUGAUAUUGUCUUACUGUGCGAUAGUGCCCAAGCCAUGCAAUCCGCAAUUAAUCAGUUGGCGAAUUAGUGUCCGUACUUACUUACGCCUGUUACUCCCCGUGAAGGAACAUAGGCCGCUCACCAGCAUUAGCCAUCCAACCCUGUCCUUGGCAAUCCUUUCCAGCUCCUUCCACUUGUUAUUCAUCCUUUCCAUAUCUGCCUUUAUUUCCCGACGUAAUGUGUUCUUUAGCCUUCCUCUUCUCCGCCUUCCUUCAGGAUUCCAAGUUAGGUUUUGUCUCGUGAUGCAGUUUGACGAUUUGCGUAGUGUAUGUCCUAUCCAUUUCCAUCGUCUUUUCCUAAUUUCCUUUUCAGCUGGAUACUGGUUUGUUCUCUCCCAGAGAAGGCUGUUGCUGAUUGUAUCCUGCCAAUGGAUGUUGAGUAUCUUGCGUAGACAGCACCUUCUUGAUGAUGGUUGUUGUAGUUCUCCAAGUUUCAGCUCCAUACAGUAGAACUGCCUCGACGUUCGUAUUGAAGAUUCUCACUUUGAUAUUGGUUGAAAGUUGUUUUGAGUUCCAUAUGUUCUUCAAUUGCAGGAAUGCGACCCUUGCUUUGCCAAUCCUCGCCUUUACGUCUGCAUCUGAACCUCCUUGUUCAUCGAUUAUGCUUCCCAGGUGUGUGAGGGAUUCCACAUCUUCCAGAGUUUCGCCAUCAAGAGUGAUUGGAUUGCUGUUUUCCGUGUUGAAUUUGAGGACCUUGGUUUUCCCCUGAAGCUAUAUCAGCUCCUCUCCUGGUUCUCACAUCUUCCAUUGUCCUUCGGAAUUUUUUAUUGAUGCAGAUAUGAUCUAUCUGGUUCUCUGUAGUGUGGUCCGGUGAGAUCCAUGUAGCCUUGUGUAUACGUUUGUGUGGAAAUAUUGUGCCUCCUAUGACUAAUUUGUUGAAUGCACACAGAUUUGCAAACCUUUCUCCAUUUUCGUUUCUCUCUCCCAGUCCAUGUCGUCCCAUGAUAUCUUCAUAUCCGGUGUUGUCCGUUCCGACUUUGGCAUUUAGAUCUCUCAUCAGAAUGGUGAGGUCCUUUCUUGGGCACUUCUCUAUGAUUGACUGCAGCCGCUCGUAGAAUUGAUCUUUAAUGUCGUCGUUGCUAUCAUUGGUGAGUAUGAGCAUUAGAGCAACUCCUUGAGUGUGCGGAGCAUUUUCCUCUUCGUGACCGGAGUAUAGUAGCAUCUCUCCCGUAUUUAGCCUUUGUUAUCCAGCUUGGGUCCAAUGGGUUUCGCUGAUUCCCAGUACUGCCAAGUUGUAUCUCCUCAUUUCCGUUGCUAUUUGACUGGUCUUCCCGGUCUCCCACAUUUUUCGGACGUUCCAUGUACCUAUAAAAAUUUUUGCCCUGGUUGUUAGAAGGUGCAUCGGCCUCGUGGCUUCCGAAGGAACUCGGCUUUCACCAUGAAGCGUUAUAAUUCUUCUGAAUGAAGACCUAACUUUCAGGGCAGAGUUUAAAUGGUUUGAAUAGUUUUUUCUGGUAAGCGUUUUUUAGCGAGUUAGUUUUCUACGGGAUGGGGACGCUAACCCCAUGCCCAACCCUCCUCCUUUACCCGGGCUUGGGACCGGCAGUAACUCUAGAAGAGCUACAGGCAGAGUUGAAUUAGUGUCCGUAGGUACGGUAUAUGUUUCGCACCUUCAAAGUGCAAAGUACUUCUACAAGACUGGCAGGAUUCUAGUCCUGUACUCACCCUGGAUGGUGAGCAGAUAGAAGAAGUCGAGAAUUUCGUGUAUCUAGGUAGCUGUAUAAGUGCUGGUGGUGGCGUGAUUGGUGAGAUCAAUGCACGUAUAAUGGAAUCCAGAGCGGCUUAUGCCAAUCUGGACCAUCUUUGGCGCCUUCGUGAUGUCAGUCUGGCUGUAAAAGGUCGGAUCUACAACGCGUCGGUGAGAGCAGUUUUGCUCUAUGCUUGUAAAACCUGGCCUCUCUGAGUUCAGGAUGUUAGAUGACUCUCUGUGUUUGAUCAUCGGUGUCUCUGAAGGAUUGCUGACAUCCAGUGGUAACACCAUGUUAGUAAUGCAGAGGUUCGGCAUCGUGUGUUCGGGCACAGAGACGAUAAUGCAAUUGGUGUCACCAUCCUGAAACAUCGACUUCGGUGGCUUUGACAUGUCCUACGAAUGUCGUCUCAGAGAAUUCCACAUCUUGCAUUAUUUGCCGACGCUGAGACUGGUUUGAAGAAGCGGAGAGGUGGUCAGUGUAUGACAUGGUGUCGUGGUAUGAAAGAAAGCUGCAAAGGGCUUGCUUUUGUUGAUCGUUCACGACUACUUGGCUGAGGUCCGAGAGAUAAUGUAACACAGUGGCUAGAGACAUCAGAUAUGGCUCGGAAUAGAAGCCAGUAGCGAUCCUGCUGUAACCUUCUUUUACUUUCUUCCUAAACAGUGGCUGUAUCUUCCUUAACUGAAAGACUUCUUAUGAUUGUACCUUUCCGUUUCCCUCAUUAUUAUUAUUAUUAUUAUUAUUAUUAUUAUUGGUUCGAUUUGGGCACCCGGGCAGUAUCACAGCCCUCACACAUAUCGAAUGAGAUUUGUGUGGCGCAUAUGUAUUUGGUGCCUCCUUGUACCAAUAUCUUUGUGUUAAAAUAAAUAAAUACCUUACACUAAUCUGUGGUCGUUAUUGUCCUUUUUUUCUUUUGCGCACCUUACCUUCUUUUUUCUCUUCCCAUUGUCAUUGUUUUGUUUGGCACAUGUAUAUUUGGUGCCCCCUUGUGCUAAUAUUUAUGUGUUCAAAUAAAUAAAUAAAUAAAGCAGUCAGUAGUUUUAAGGUAACUAAAUUCAAAUAUCUGGAAUCUACUCAUUGUCUUCCAUCUUCAUAGUGAUUAAGAGACUGGAUUUUGGAACUUGAUGCUAAACACCAAAUUUUCUGAAGUAUUGCUAAGUUAGUGGGCUUAGUUAAAACUUUGGAUAAGAAAAGAAAUGAAAAUCGAAAUAAAUUAAGAAGUUUAAUUUUCCAUUGUUUGUAUUUCAUGUUUGACAUGUUUUAUUGAUUUUCACACUGACUUUUUUGAUACCAGUAGUGAAUACUUUGUCAAUAAGUCAGUUUUAGUGUUUCUCAUUAGUUGUAUAUUACUUUUGAAUUCUGAUAAUAUCCAUCGUUUUUGGAGAAUUCCCCAUCUCAUUAGUUAAUGUUAUAUGGAAACACAAUGUAUUAGUCUCUUGUAUUAGGUCUUUUUCCCUAAAUAAAAUAACAUUAGUCAUAUAGCGUGAUAUUUUUACUGUUUAUGAAAUAUGUAGUAUGACUUUGAUUUACACUUUUUACAGGUGAAGUUACAACACUGUUUCCUUGGUUUCCCUUACAGCCAAUCAUUUUGUUUACUCACUCGAAAAAAAUUUCCGGUCACAUUGUCUUUAUCUAGUGCAGUGAUGCGUAUGAAAAUUCUACUUGAAGUCGACCAUUGUUGACUGGUACAGCUCAUGUUUAUAAGUUUUCAAUGCCAGAACAUGUGUUUACAUUAAGAAGACUCAAAAGGGUAUAAACGAGAAACUGGUUGUGUUGAUAUUGUGUUUUCUGAGUUGGGUGGUUCAGUUGUGGAGCUUUCACUGUUCUUUUGGGUACGUACCUCAGUGAGAAGUGAGCUGUAAGAAUUUCUUCAUAAUUGACUAUUGGCUUCUGUUCAUCUGGAAGUUAGUCUAUUGUUGUCCGUUACUUCGUGAUUGUUGUUCUCAUGUUUGUUUUGAUUGUCUCCUCCCUUACCUUGCAGUUGUUAAUUCUUUAUCCUACUGGCUGAUAGAUCCGGUCGAUUUCAAUUUCUACUGAUUCAAGCUUCUAAAAAUUCUCAACAUUUCUUUGUUUAAUAUUUCAACUUUUCCCCGGUCUAAUUCAUAUCCAUAGUUGUUCAAUACAUGGAUAUCAGAUAAACUAAUGUAAUGGUGUUAAGUAGUGUUCAUACAAACGGUAAGGGUGGGCAUUUUGUCCUGCGUGGUGUCAUUGUGUCUAACAGGUUAGAUCAACCGACUUUCUACACUGAUUGAUCGUUGGGUAGUAACUAGUUUCUUGUUUGUCUAGUCCUUGGUCAUUGGAUUUUAUCUACUUUAUUGUUGUGUCGUUUAGUCUGAAUAACUCAAUAAGUUUUGGUUUUAUGUAGUUGGAAUUAAUUAGCAGGAGAUUCGGUCUGGGUUUUGUAUUAGUUGGUACUCGUCAUUAAGAUAUAUCGAUACUCUUUAAGGAAUUGAUACGCCUCGUAGGUGACUCGGAUGGGAAUCUCAGGCUUUUCCUUCAAUCAAUUCUAGCCAUUUAACGUCAUAACUGAUUUUGCAUAUACGAAUAACAAACAAUCUGACUGGCUUAAUUUAUAAGUUAGACUACUAAAUAAAAUAGGCUAUAGACUUAUAUUAGUACACAUUACUAAUUUUUUUUCUAGUCACACUACAUAUAAAUAUAAUUUUCAGUUUGAUGAACACUUUGCUUGACUUAAUUAAAUUAGCACAAACAGUCAGAACAAAUAUACUGCUUAUUACUUGGAACUUUUUUCUAGUGAAGUGUGGCAUCCUUAAAGUGCAUCGAAAUGUUAAAAUUGUUAACAAAGUUUGUAAUUAUCAUUAUAAAUUUCAUUAUGUGUUUAGCAGGGGGAUUUCUAUAGUGGCUUUCCUCCUAUCAUUUUGCAAUACUUAAAUUAUGGGUUGCGUAUGUAUAUAUGUGCGCAGAAAAGGAUUCACAAUUAUGAGGGGUUAGAAUUUCUUCAGACUAAAGGUGCAAAUCAAUAAUUCUACUGCUUUGGUAUCAUUCUUGAUGAUUUUGUCUUGUCGGACUGAUCUACAUAUAUUCUGGGUACUAUCUUAUCUAUGACUGACUGGACACAUUGUGAGUUAUCGACUGAUCAAUGACAAGUGCUACUGACUUUAAUUUACUCGAAUCUGAUUAUUAGCCGAUAUAAACAGAUCCUAUAAAAAUCAAUUUAUUCAGAUGUGGUUUUGAUGUACUUUUGGUGUCAAAUAAAUCCUCAGAUAUCAAUGCUUUCGUUCUUUGUGUUGAGUUACAUAAGUUUUAUAGACCUAUCAUCAACACAUUCAAAUAGUUACGUCUCAGCCUCAACAGAUCUAUUCACGGAAUUCCCAACUUUAUUUAUGUGAGAUUAUUUCGGCGGUCAUUUACUGGUCUCGACUUAUCAUAUUUUAUUUAUUGAGUUGACAUACGAAUGCAUACUUCCGUCCCCUCACCUGACAAAAACUAGUUUGUGUGAUUUUACAAUUGAUUGGAUAUACAUAUAUGUAAUGAACGGGAACCCAGGUAGUGAAAAACAAGUGUAUUUUAAUACAAAAUUACGGAGUCCUUUCAUCAAAUGUGAGAACCAUAUGUUCAAUGCCUCAUUUGCAAAAUCUCCUUCAAUUGUCUCAAACGUGAUCGUUUCUUCAUUGCUAAAAAUAAUACCCUCUAUUCCCGUUCUCGUCGAUUCGAUCAUCCCAACCUUCUGCUGCCAGGCAUUCCACUUCUGACGUGUUAUAUACUACUUAUGUCCACAUAAGUAGCAUACACCAUAUAUAUAUAUAUAUAUAUAUAUAUAUAUAUAUAUAUAUAUAUAUAUAUAUAUAUAUAUAUAUAUAUAUAUAUAUAUAUAUCAAAAUAAAAAUAACAUACUUUUUUGGAAAAGAUUCCUACGAGUUAAUGUUGUUAUAAACUAUUUUAAUAUUUAUAUACCACAAUUGAGCCAGCGAGAACCUAUUAAUGGGUAGUAGAAGAGAAAGUUUUCAUUAAUCGCAAUUAGAAAAUUAGAUGGAAAAGACAGUUUAAUUUAUACAACCAUUUAUUUAUCUAGGGAGAGGAUAUUUUAGAUAUGAAGAGAACUGGGCAAGUAAAUUACCGCUUACUACGUUAUAUGGGCAAAACGUUGAUAUCUUGAAAAUCUUCAUAAAUGAAGCAAAUAAUUAGUAUGAAUCAGAAACAAAACUAAAUGUUAAAUUCCAUCAAAUGGUAACUGAUUAAUAUUUUUCUCUCGAGGAUAUUGGUUUGCUUUUACUAUAGAUUACGUCAAUGAUUGAUUUCAACUUGGAUAUUAUUCGUCCUAGUAUAAGUGUAACAUAUUAGCUAUAACAGUUAAUAGUGUUCGCACAAUGUGGUGGGUUGGGACUAUAUAAAAUCGGAUUUAGAAUCAGUGGUAAGAAAGUAAUACACUUACUACGAUAUUUGAAGCUCCAUCGUUUUGAUUUCUGACUGGAUUCUGGCUACCUAAUCCUAAAGAGUCCCAGGCUAUGACAUAAUAGGUAUCCAAUGCCUGCUGGUUUCAGUGGCUCAACGACUGAUUCUAGUCUGUGUAAUUGAUUAUUAACACUCCCACCUUUCUUAGUAUGGGCUAUUUGCGAAGGAAAUAUUAACUUUCUUUUUGUAAUGACUGGAAAAACUGCUACUUCUUAUAAAUGAACAAGAACUAAUUUGGCUUGAUGUAAACAACAAGGCGAGACAGCAGGUUAAGAGUUUAUGCACUAAACACAUCCACCACUGAAACAACAUCUAUAUCAAAGUUGCACUGAAUAAUAUAUAAUUUCACCAUCUACAUAUCGACUAUCUAAUUUAGAACACUAUGGCAGGUGAAUAAUAAAAAAAUGUUCAAAAUCCAUGUACCGUAUAGUGAUUUUAUUCAGAUAUUCUCAGUGAAUUUAACCGAUUACAAUCAAAUAACCAGUUAUCAGCAUGUCAUUGAUAUUUUCCAAUCCUGUCUUCAUUUCAGCGUGACUACCGAGUGUAUAUUUCGUUAGUUAGUUGAAGGUGGUCACUUACGAAGCCUACAAUGAACUAUAUAAAUUCGACUGAUCAAACUGAAAAGAAAAUUUUUAACUUCAACUGGUUGAAUAAAACUGACUACUGCUUAUGCGAGAUAUAAACUACAAUCACCUAUCGAGAGAGUAUAACAUUCUAGGAAAUAGAACUCUGAUUAAAUGCGUACUUGGGCAGUCAAUAAUUGCUUAACACGAAUUUUAAUUACAAUACACUUCAGUGAUGUCUGAUGAUUUCAAGAGUACUUCAAGCACCUAAUGAAAACAAUUAGAUAGAUUCCUCUUCAGUUGUAGUAUACCUUUUUCUUACUUUCAAAGAUCUCCACUGUGCAUACAUGAAUGCAUUUGUAAACUGUUGUCGACACAAGUUGAAAGUGCACGUAAAUAUACAUUAUGAUGAUGAAUCUUAUUGAUAAACUGCUCAAUCAAUGUUUUUUUUAGAGAUUGAUUUUUGUGAUAAAUAAGUGAUUUAGCCACAGUAUUUGUAAAAAUUAUUAGGUAGAUAUUAAAGCUGAUAUAAACUCACUCCUAAUACAACUUAGAUCCAAUAGUUGAUAUGAAUUCUGAAUAAAUCUUUUUUCUGCUUAAUCAGUAUGAAAUUCUGAGCUAUUCUGUCGUAACUUAGUUGUUGCUAAGGGACAUGAAGUUCUUUGUUUCCAUUCCAUAAAGAGUUGGAUGCGUACGUUACUAUGGGAUUCACAACUCAGGAAAGACAGUUGUUUCGAGUUAUCAGGUUUUUAAUGACUUUUUAACCCCUUCCGAAAACUUGAUUCUCACCAAGCAAAUCUCCAUAAGUGAUUUAUUUUGAUAUUUUUUUGUACAAUACGCUUUUACAAGCUUUUUAUAGUAAAAUGGUAUCGUUUACAAAAUUUCUGUCGUCACAGCUUCAAUAUAUGCAAUAACUGACGAAUAUUGGUACUUCCAGACUAAGCAAUAUUGUCACUGAGUAUUUUGUGGAUUGUUUUAUGAAAGGAUAAUUUAAUUUAUAAAUGUCUAAGUCAGUAUUUGAUUUGACUCAAAAUCAAUGUUCAAAAUUCAUUUGUUUCUGACUCUCAGUAACCGUACAUGGCUAUCAUAUAAUGUGCACCUAUGGCUUGAAAUAUUCAAGUACGUGUGGUACGGUUCUGAAUAAUUCGAGUUUCGAUUUCUAUGGGAACAUCAGUUCAUUUAAAAUUGAAGGUAAUUUUCGACUAUGAACUUGAAAAUAUGAUAUUAGUUAUUAAUCAGUUUGAACAAUCAGCCACUAUGCCAGUGGAGUAUUGACAAUCGUACUAAAUACAACCAUACCUGUUGAGUAUAUAUUACUUUAGGUUAAAAUUAAGUCACAAUUUUCAUAUACUUGUAAGCAAUCUUGAUUUAUUUAUUGUCAUUAUUA